CAGUUUUUACACCUUUCUGAAAGUAAGAAGUGGCGCGGCGAGACUGAGGAGCACAACUUGGAUUACGUGGAAGCUGCGAUGCCGCGCGACACUGCUGACAACUUCCCCGGUAGUGUGGCCCCCCGCCGCCUCAUGAGGUGAAGCCCCCCAGUGUGUCCUGCCAGCAGCACGGAGGAAGGGAUGACAAGACUCUUCUUGCUUUUGGCAAUGUUCCUCCUCUCUGGCAGCAUCCAGAUGUCGCCAGCGGUCAGCAUGGACAAGCUGGAGGAGAACUGGAUGUUGUACAAGGAUCAGUGUGAGCUCAACAACAGCAGAGCGCCUCCAAACAGCGGUCUUGUGUGCAACAGAACCUUCGACAAGUACGCCUGCUGGCCCGACGGACUACCCAACACUACCGUUAGCGUGUCAUGUCCAUGGUACCUACCGUGGUACCAUAAAGUUCAGUAUGGAAUGGUGUACCAGGAAUGUAAUGCUAGCGGUCAGUGGGUAACUAUGAAGAACACCAGCGAGUGUGACUCUAAUGACCCCAGUCAGCAGUACUACCGACACAUUCGCAUCAUGUACACGAUCGGAUAUUCUCUAUCCCUGGUGGCUCUGGUGUUGGCGCUCAGCAUUCUCGUCGUCUUCAGGAAGCUGCACUGUAUGAGGAACAACAUCCACAUGAACCUCUUUGCCUCCUUCAUCCUGCGGGCCUUGUCCAUCCUCAUCAAGGACGCGCUCAUGGAGGCCAACAUUACCUCGCAGGACCUGAGCCCGGACCAGGAGCAGGGAUUCUCACAGGCCUCCGUGUCGCCCGGAGACCUGCUGGUCAACAAUGAGAUCACCAUCAGCUGUCGCGUGGCGGCGGUGAUGAUGCAAUACAGCAUCUUGGCCAACAGCUACUGGCUCCUGGUGGAAGGUAUCUACCUCCACAACCUGUUAGUCAUCACCGUGUUUACAGAGAAGAACUACUUCCAGAUCUACCUGUGCAUCGGCUGGGGUACACCGUUAAUAUUCCUCGUUCCCUGGGUCACCGCCAAAUAUCUUCAUGAGAAUCAAGAAUGCUGGGGUCAGAACAUAAACAUGAACUAUUGGUGGAUCAUACGCUCUCCCAUCCUGGUGGCCGUGCUGAUCAACUUCCUGAUCUUCAUCCAUAUCAUCAAAAUCCUUGUGUCCAAGCUGAGAGCACACCAAAUGAGAUACACAGACUACAAAUUCAGGUUGGCCAAGUCGACCCUAACGCUCAUCCCUCUGCUGGGUAUCCAUCAAGUGGUCUUCAUUUACGUCACCGACGAGGCCACCGAGACCACCAUCGGUUUGCGUCUCACCAAGUUGGUCAUUGACCUCUUCUUCUCCUCCUUCCAGGGUCUCCUGGUCGCCAUCUUGUACUGCUUCGUCAACAAAGAAGUGCAGUCCGAGGUGCUGAAAAAGUGGAAGCGCUGGAAGCUGGGCCGCAACAUCGAGGAGGAGUACCGCCACACCUACAGCAACACGCCCAACACCAAGACAGGAAGCCUGCUCAACCACGUCUCGCAGCCACCGCCCCGCCUCCCCGAGCCGUCCAUCUGCUCCCCUGAGGAGUGGCACGUGCUGGUGGCCAACGGGGGCGGGGCCGACCACGGCAGAGCGGCGGGCCAGCGCGGCUCCCCGCUGCACGAGGGCACGGCGGUGGAGGACAUGAGCGCUGUGGACAAGAGCAGGAACCUGGAGGGCCUCCAAUGAAGGACGCCACACUUCAGUCAGUUCUGAGCAGCUCUGAACUUACACAGUCAGUGGGGGGAGCGUGGCCCCCGCAGCCUGCUGGGGACUUGCAGGCCUUCCUCAAGGCAAACCGAGCCAUGUAAAAUAAUACUUUUUGGAAAAAAAAACCUCAAAGAGCAAUUCAAAGACUUGACAUAAGAAGCCUCUGAGUUGCAGGGUUGAAGGCCAAAGUGGAACUUCAACUCUAGACCUGGUCUAUUUUUUGGGGGUUUUUUUUGGCAGGCUUUAAAUAAGGCGGUACAAAUCUGACAGCAGAAAUGCUAAACUCAGUGAGGAUGUUCCUGGUCAAUCCUGACGCAUCAAGAUAACAACUUUUCUUUUGAUAUAUUCUCUUUAUUUGCAAAUCACUUUACACUCUGUUUUCUUUUUCUGGCAAAAGUGAGUCCACCGUGGAGCAGAACUGGGCUUUCGAUGUCCAUCCGUCCAUUUUCUACCGCUUAUUUCCUUCGGGGCCUAUCUCAGCUACAAUCGGGCAGAAGGCGGGCUACACCCUGGAAAAGUUGCCACCUCAUCACAGUAGACAGACAACAUUCACACCCUAGGGACCAUUUAGUGUUGCCAAUCAACCUAUCCCCAGGUGCAUGUCUUUGGAGGUGGGAGGGGCCUAUCCCCAGGUGCAUGUCUUUGGAGGUGGGAGGGGCCUAUCCCCUGGUGCAUGUCUUUGGAGGUGGGAGGGGCCUAUCCCCAGGUGCAUGUCUUUGGAGGUGGGAGGGGCCUAUCCCCAGGUUCAUGUCUUUGGAGGUGGGAGGGGCCUAUCCCCAGGUUCAUGUCUUUGGAGGUGGGAGGGGCCUAUCCCCAUGUGCAUGUCUUUGAAGGUGGGAGGGGCCUAUCCCAGGUACAUGUUUUUGGAGGUGGGAGGGGCCUAUCCCCAGGUGCAUGUCUUUGGAGGUGGGAGGGGCCUAUCCCCAGGUGCAUGUCUUUGGAGGUGGGAGGGGCCUAUCCCCAGGUGCAUGUCUUUGGAGGUGGGAGGAGCCUAUCCCCAGGUGCAUGUCUUUGGAGGUGGGAGGGGCCUAUCCCCAGGUGCAUGUCUUUGGAGGUGGGAGGGGCCUAUCCCCAGGUGCAUGUCUUUGGAGGUGGGAGGGGCCUAUCCCCAGGUGCAUGUCUUUGGAGGUGGGAGGGGCCUAUCCCCAGGUGCAUGUCUAUGGAGGUGGGAGGAAGCCGGAGUAGAACCCACGCAGUCACGGGGAGAACAUGUAAACUUCUCACAGGAUCGAACCCAUGACCUUCGUGUUGUGAGGCGGACGCACUAACCCCUCCUCCACCGUGCUGCCCUUUCGAUGUAUAUCAGUCAAUCCACACCGCUAUACAAGCCGUAGACUGACUACUCUAAACAGUGUAUCCAAGCUAAGUAUUGUCCUUUAAAGGGGACUUUAUUGGAAUUUUCGUUCACAAUUAUUACGAAAGACACGACGAAGGAUGGAUUCUUUUGUUACUGCUUUCUAAAUAUUAAAUAAUUGUAAAUAAAAUCCGAUAAAUACCCAUUCAAAACGCACCAAUAAUGCUCAAUUUACGUUUGGUGAUUUAAAUAUUGACCAAGUAUUAGUGAUAUUGUUAUUACGAGUUCUAACGCAGACAAACUGUGCCUAUGUUUACAUCGUCGAGUGAUCUGCUGCUUCCUUGCUUCCCUGCUCCCUCUAAGCUUAUUCUAGAUCAUAACUCAUGCCUCUCACCUGAAAAAUACAUGGCUGGGAAUAUAAUCCAACAAGUUGUGACACUUUGACAGUCCUUUCGGACCCCAAACUGGCGAGGACGACACAAACACGAAGCGUUUCUUUGCGAGGAUUGAGACAUUUUUCAUCUAAAUGGGAAUAUAUGAACAUCCUUGCAGUCGACAUCCUAAUGACAGCAGACCUCGUACAGUGAGUGAUGUCUUAUUAUGUUUGUUGGCUCUCAUGAAGUCUGCAGUGAGCAGUAGUCAGUGAUGGGGAAGAAAAAGAAGCAAACGUU